UUGAACUAACAUAAAUCAUUUCAAAAUGUCUUUAAUUAGUAUAGUUAUAGGAAAUGGAGGACUGGGCGUACAUUCUUCUCUGACCCAAUAUGCGGCAGAUUAUGUGGAAUUGUUGAAAACUAAAGCUGAUGAUUUGCACGAGAUCGACAGUCAUAUCUUUCGAUCAGCUUUAGAAAAGAUGUAUUUCAUUGAAAAGCCGAAUGCCAAUGACGUUGAGUUAAAUCCUCGUAGUAUGGUGCUUGCCCUAGACAAUGAGUCAACGACAUCGAGUCAUUUAAACUCUUGUAGGCGUUUACAAUCCUUCAAAGAAUGCUCUGACGCACAACAUUCUAACGGAACAAAAUUAUCCGAUAAAGGCAACAAGGUUCUUACAAAACCGUGGAGCUACCUGGAAAAAUACAUACUAAACAUUCCAGAGUCAUCUUCAAAAAUAUGGUCCAGGGGUCAUUUCAAUGCAAAAUCCGAAGGAUCUAAUAUACGUGACGUUAUUAGACAUUUAGUUGAAGACGUGGAUUCACUAAGUGGUUUCAUGUCUUUUGCCAGUCUAGGUGGAGGGUCUGGUUCGGGUAUGGGAUCAUAUAUUUCCACUAUGUUAUCAGACCAUUAUCCUAAGCAACUGCAUCUAACGACUGCCAUAGCACCAUUCCACCAUGGUGAAAACGCAAUGCAAUCGUUAAAUAUGACUUUGGCCUUAUCGCAUCAUCAGGAAUUCAGUGAUGGAAUUAUUAUUCUUCAAAAUGACCAAAUGGCGGAAAUGAGUGCACAACUUUUCGACGCUGGAUCUACGUCGUUUGAUGCGUUCAAUGAGGCAUCUGCCCUUAACAUUCUUCAUGCAUUGAGACCGCCGUCUAGAACUUGUCCUAUAUCAGGUAUCGAAAGAUGCAACAAACCAUUACAUUACAUGGCUGAUGGGUUAUGCAGUAAUCCAUCCCUUAAGUUACUAUCGCUCCACCUUAUGCCCCUACAACGUUUUGACUUGCCGAAACACAAUUCAACAACAAUACACCAAAUGCUAAACCAUAUGGCUGAUACUCUACAAGCAUUGCCCAUGCUUUAUGGUGGAUUGGAAAUAGAGAAGCAUUCAUCACCCACCAAAGAAACGAACAUACAAGAAUCCACAGCAUCACAAAAAAAUAAGAAAAACAACUCAUUGAGGGAACCAAUAACAAUACAAGAUUUUAGUAACUUUGAAAAAACGGAGAUAACAAAGAAUGAAUCUAGGAAUCGUUUUAAGCCCAUAGCUGGUGUACCCAUACUAUCUCCCCAAAGCAGAGAUCUAGAGAUAACAGACUUUGGUAUAUCUUCAUACAAUGGUGAUGACAAAGUAAUUACAACGCCUACGACUUUCAAACUAAUAAAAACCAACGGAAACAGGAGAACCAACCUUACGAAAUACAAUGUGGUGGCAGGAAUACAAGUUAAUAUCGGUGGCCCUAUAAACGAAUCUGUAAAUGUUGCCAACAUCUAUCAAGAUGUGUUGUUUUCAAAGCAAACAACCCGUCCCAUACAGGUAUCAUACUCUCCGCAUGAUGUUGGUCUCUUCGGUAAUAUAGUUUCGCAGAUUUCAAACAGUCAAGCCAUUUUACCAUUGUUGGAUUUCAACAUAACCACAGCUAAGAUGCUAUAUGCUACCAAUGCAUAUAUGCACAAUUAUAACGAUUAUGGUUUUGAAAGCGUAGAAAUGCAGGACGCCAUAGCGAAAGUGCAGGAGAUAAUAACGUCAUAUGCUAUGCUUAGCAAAGCAUCCAACUGAUGUUUAAUCUUACCAUUACA